CACGGCAUAUUAUUAUCACCCCUGUGACGCAUAUCCAAAGCUGCAGUAUUGCUUAUAUUCAUACUGAAAGUAGAAGAAGAGGGCAAGUUUCAAAAAAAAAAAAAAAGCACUCUAACUUCAAGAACUUUUUGCGUGAAGAAGAGGGGCGGCACAGGGGUAAGAGGAGGGUAUUUAUAGAAUGACCUCAGCUGUUUUGUUGUCUGUCUGUCUCGACGAGUUUGGCAGUGCAGUAGGAACAGUAAUGCAUGAAGUACGACAUCACAGUGCAUUACUGCACUACACCUUUCUCAUCCUCAUCAUCCUGGGUUCAUCUGCAGACUCCUUAAAAGUGACGGUACCAGCCAGCCAUUUGAUGGCAGCCCGAGGACACGCUGUGGUUCUGGGCUGUGAGUUCUCCCCUGACUUUGGACAAAACCCUGACCUUUCCAGCUUGGUGGUGACAUGGCAGCGGCAGGAGGAUAACCGCGUGGUUCAUAGCUUCUAUUAUGGCCAGGACCAGCUGGAUACGCAAAACUCAGCAUACAAGAACCGUACAGCAUUGUUUGUGAAUGAGCUGAGGAAAGGAAAUGCUUCAGUAAAGAUAGAGAAUGUAGGAAUGAAGGAUAAAGGACGCUACCUCUGCACCGUCAGCACGAGCCAGGGAACAGAAAAAGCUGAGUUACAGCUGGACUACGGAGCUUUCUACACAGAGCCGAAGUUAACCAUCAGUGCACGCUCCUCUGACAUUUUGGUGCAGUAUGAGACUGAGGGAUUUCCCGAGCCCCAGGUGAUGUGGAAAGGAGAACAUGGCGAGAACCUCGGCAAUAACAUACAGACGUUUACGCAAACAAACGAAGAGAUGGAUCUUUAUUAUAUCAAAAGCGUUUACACUGCACCAAACUCUCCGCUCAGCUUCACCUUCAUUCUCGAAAACCAGCUACUGCAUCAAUACCUGCAGAGGCCCGUCAGCUACACUGGUGGACAGAACUCCUGCUUUUAUGAAGCUAUUGCACUUGCAGUCAUUUCUUUUCUCCUCGUCCUGACUGCAGCGAUUUUGGCCGGGAUAUACUAUUGCAAGAAGAAAUAAACUGAAAGACCGUUUCUUGAAAAGGACUGAAGUCGACAACGUGGAGCUGGACAAAUUUUUUGGAUUAUUGCUGAUCACCUUCCUGUAUUACAUUUAAUUAGAUGAUGAUAUAAAAACUGGAUAUAACUUUAAUGAUGUUUUGCUUUUUUGUAUAGUUUGUAGAGUGUGUCUUUGAAGAGCAAGAGUUUUAAUAUAACUUUUACUUUGGCUAAUUAUUUUUGUUUUAUAAAACACUGUCAAGGUGCCAUGAGACUGCAAUAUUUUUAUAUUUUUUUACAGAACUUAACAGUACAAAUGUCCUGAGUGUGCUUUCACUGACAUCAGUGCCUGAGCUCUGUGUAUGUCUGCAGCACAGGAUUCAUCAGUUAUUAUUAUUGUUUUUUUAAUUAUAACAAAUAACCUUGACAGUGUUUUAGCAAUUUUUACCCAGUAUCUGAAUUCUUACCCAGGUCAACUUUCCCAGGAUCCUUGGCUGUUCACUCACCACCAGCAACAGCUUAUACUUACUGUUCAUCAUGAUUAAGAUGAUCAGAAUGUCAAGGUCUCAUGAAGCUGGGAACUGUUUGUGUCUCAAAGAUAACACUUUCUCAAUCACUUUCUCAAAACAGUCUUACAUUCUUGUGCACGAUUUGAACCUUGGUAUGCCGAAUUCGCACAAACGCAACAAACAGACGUAUUAAUAUUAAUAUUAUUAUUAUUAUUAUUGCUUUGAAACUUGUUUAAGCGUCGGUCAGUGAUGCUCUGUGUUAGAUAAUAGAUGCUGCUAAAAUAGUUUAUAAAAUGUUUAGAAUUAUUUCAAGAAAUCAUUUUGAACUUUUUCUGUUUUAGCAGUUUGACACUGGUGGUUUUCAAUCAAUCUGAUUUACUGCUCAGGAUUAAAGUAUCAAUGCAAAAGGACAUUCUUACUAUGUCUUUCUACAUGUUAACAUAAGAUAUCCAUAGUUGGAUGGGUUUGAUAAACAGUUUAUUAAGUUACAUUAUAACCCAAGCUAGACGCAUUCAAAGACUUAAUAGCUAACUUAUUUCUUCCAAAUAUCUUCUUUUUAUGUAGGCAGUUGCUACAUUUUUAAAGAAAGCCUAGAUUAGCCUAAAACAAAAAUCACCAGUUUUAAGACAUUUAAUUGUACUUAAUCUCAUACUCUAACGCUUAUUUUGACUCUGCUAUCUAGCUCUUGUAAAAUAAACCUCAUAUCAUGGAUGCCAGUGAUUUAGAUCAAAAGCGAGCUUACUUGCUACCCAACUAACAGAAACGAUGCCAGGAACAUUCCAUGUUCCUACAGUCAGGCGUUUGAAGCUAACAUUUUAGUAUUUCUCUAACACUUAUAAACACAGAUAAAUAAAAAGCAAUGAUAGCAACUUUUUCUUUCUUUUUUUUAUUUAAAUUUUUUAAAAUUAUUUGUUCAUCAGUGAUUUUUUUUUUUUUUGGCCAUAAAAUUUGGUUCAAAACAAUCUGCGCUAUGGAUAUUUGGGGAAACCAAUGUGUGCAUGUACAGUCAGACAUAGCUAAAAACUGUAGAAUAUCAGUGUUAAAUCAAGAUGACACUGCCUUACUCCACCCCUCUGUUAUUAAACGGUGAAGGAAGGAUGGAAAAAACAGUAUUUUUAGUUGGUUUUACUGAAUGUUUAGCAAGGGAGGGUGUAACGAACGAAGUUGAGAGAAAACAAAACAAUUAAAAUGGCAGUUAACUUUUACUGUCUCUGCUGCUGUCAUUAAUCCGUUAAUCUCUUUCACAAAAUGGACGUUCUACACAUAUCGUGACAUACGGAGCUCUGAAACAUCAUGUUGAUGGAUGUAGUGGUAGUGGAGGAAUACAAGGAAGCCUUUAUUUACAAGCAAAACAGCCUCAGUAGAAAUUCAGGCUACACGAGUUGAGUCUUCAACCUUGAUUAAUGCACUACUAUUUUUCUGAGCAUCCUGUUUAGUUUUUAAAAAUGGAUGAGUUCCCUAUAUAUAUACAGUUGAGGUCAAAAGUUUACAUACCCCUUUCAGAAUCUGCAAAAUGUUUAUCAUUUUACCAAAAUAAGAGGGACCAUACAAAAUGCAUGUUGUUUAUUUAGUGCUGACCUGAAUAGGAUAUUUCACAAUAAAGAUAUUUACAUAUAGUCCACAAGAGAAAAUAAUAGUUGAAUUUAUAAAAAUGACCCCGUUCAAAAGUUUACAUGCCCUUGCUUCUUAAUACUGUGUUGUUACCUGAAUGAUCCACAGCUGUGUUUUUUUGUUUACUGAUAGUUGUUCAAGAGUCCCUUGUUUGUCCUGAACAGUUCAACUGCCCGCUGUUCUUCAGAAAAAUCCUUCAGGUCCCACAAAUUCUUUGGUUUUCCAGCAUUUUUUGUGUAUUUGAACCCUUUCCAACAAUGACUGUAUGAUUUUGAGAUCCAUCUUUUCACACUGAGGACAACCGAGGGACUCAUAUGCAACUAUUACAGAAGGUUCAAACGCUCACUGAUGCUCCAGAAGGAAAAAACAUGCAUUAAGAGCCGGGGGAGUGAAAACUUUUGAACAGAAUGGAGAUGUGUACAUUUUUCUUAUUUUGCCUAAAUAUCGUAUUUUUUCAUUUAGUACUGCCCUUCAGAGGCUACAGAAGAUAGUUACAUGUUUCCCAGAAGACAUGUAAACUUUUGACCUCAACUGUAUACAGUAUAUGUGUACACACUUUAAAUAUGCCAGUAAGUUAUUCAUUAUAUGUCUGAUUACAGGUCUAUGUACUAAAACAAAUGAUUCUUAUAAUUAAUUAAUAAAGCUUAAUAUAAACAAUUAA